GCCACCCACCAUUACCAGUCUUACUUUUUGCAACACAGUUUCGGGCGGCUUGUACUUUAGCGGCUAAUGGGAAUUAAUCUAUAUAUUUCUUCAUUUCUGCACAGCUCCCACCUUAUGUAAUUAACCAAUUCCAACACUUCCUCUCCUCAAAGAAACUUUCAGAGCUAGCCAGAGAGAGCUCAGAGCAAAAGAGAGAGAGCUAAAGCUAAGCUAAGCUAGGAACUUAAAGAUGAUGAAGCUGAGGUCAAAGAGGUUCUGCAGAAGCUUCAGCAGCUCUAAGAUUAAGGCGGGGACUGAUCAGAAGGGUCAGUUUGAAGCUAAGGCCAUCAAGGUUGAUGGUGAAAUCAAGUGGGAGCUUCGACCGGGAGGCAUGCUUGUUCAGAGGAGGGAGACUCAAAACGCCGGAGAGGGCAUGAUCAUUGUUAAGGUCUCCACUGUUUCGCAGUGGCAUGACAUCUCCGUCGAACCCACUUCUACUUUCGGCGAAUUAAAAAUGAUACUGUCAUUGGUGACGGGUAUGGAGGCAAGAGAGCAAAGGCUGUUGUACAAAGGGAAAGAGAGAGAGGAUGGUGAAUACCUACACAUGGUUGGUGUUAGAGACAAAGAGAAGGUGUUGUUGCUCCAAGAUCCAGCUAUGAAGGAGAUGAAGCAGAUGCUUCAUGGAAAUAACAUUGCAACUUCUACUUGCAGUCGCACCAUUAGUGUCUGAUCGAUCUAGUAUCAUCAAUAAUGACUUGAUAUUUUAACAUAUUAAUGGAAACCAAUUAAUCUCCUCCAUCAGUUACUAACCAGAAAAUCAAAAGUUUGUACGGCUAAUAGCUAGCGACUUUGAUGUGUGUCAUUGUGUUGGUUCUUCUUGCAAUGUUUGAACGAUUAAUGACAUAAUUUUCUCUA